AUGGCAUAUGCAGUUGCGCAUGGCUGGCUAGGCAAAGAUGCCAACCAAACUGAAUAUCGUUUUUGUUUCCUUUCAUUUCUGUGUUCUUUUUUUAUUAUUAUUUUACAGCCUCCAUCUGGAAAUCCACAAAUUUCGACAGGAGGUGAUCACAUUAUUUGCAAGUAUCCAUCCGACCCAACUGUUGUUCUAGGCUUCUUAUCUGUUACAUCACUUGCUGUAUCAGUGCUGGUUGGACACUUUUCUGUUUUUUAUCCUUACAAUGGAAAAUCUGUUCCCCGUUAUGUUUUCUUCCGAAGCAUGACAUUCUUCGUGUUCUUCCUACUGUUGUUUGUACCGGGAACCAGGGCACUCUCCAUGUUGGCUGCAGGGAUGUUGUUUUGGGUGACGAUCACUGAGCUCCUUCAUUUAGCUAACAAUGUUCAUCAAGACAUGAGCACAACAUGCCCCACUGCCAAGAGCGGUCUCUUUGGUGGUGCUGCGUUCCUAGCCCUGAGUGCUUCUCUCUUCUGGUUGAUCUGCCUCAUGCUAGCUGAUGAUGUCAGAACAGAGUACUUUGAGGAACAAAAGGACAGGCUAGCUGAGGCUUUCACAACAGACUAUGACGCCAAGCAGCAAGGCGAGGUUUGAGAGUGUUCCCAGCAAAGGAAAACAAUGGCCUACUCUGUUGUUGUGCUUUCGCUUCUCUUUCUAGUAAAUAUAUGAAAGGAAUGUAUAGGAAACUCUUGGAUAACCCUUCCUUGCUUAACGUGGUUAUUCACAGAUAGCUGUCUCAGUUGAUGAAAUAAUUAAAUCUUGCACAAAUUGGAUUUACGCACAUGAUGCAAGAUUACAGGUUAAGGCCUUCAAAUUUCUACAAUAUUAGAAGCAACUGAGUAUCUAAUUUUUGUUUACCGAAACAGUAAGCACCAACUUGGUAAUCAAAUGCAACAAUUGCGUACAGCUAAACAAUACAACAAUUACGCAAAUGCAUCCUAACUGGAAUUUUCCACUGAUAUUCCAACAAUUGGCACAGUUAAACAAUGCCACAAUCGCACAUAGCCAAGCAAUCAAGCCACUCAUGGCAAGGAUGCAUUAUGCCUUGAUGAAAAAAACAAUGUUUUACUUACAAAAAUAUUUUAUUGAUAAAAUUUACCGACGGAUUUGUCUAUUAACUUUUACCGACAGAAUAUAAUGACAAAGAGGAUUUUGUCGGUAUUCCGUUGGCAAGGUUAUAGCGCAAAAUAAAAGGAGUGCAAAGUUUAUUGACCACAAAAUUCUGUUGGUAAAAUAGUUAUUGAUGAAAUUUACCAACCAAUGUUGUCGACAAAGCACCAGUUAGCUAAGAUCUUCAAUUGCGGAUGAAAUUACCAAUGGAAUUUUCGUUUUAUUGUAUAUGCACCGGCGGUAUUUUCGUUUGUAUUGUUAUUUUAAAUUAUUGACAGAAAUUUCCAUCAAGA